ACUUGAAUGUUGUUGCAUUUGCGCAAAGGUGAAAUCAAAGUUGUUGCCGGCCAACUCAGAAAACGCGAACAACACUUUGCGACCUGCAUCUCGACCCGACCAAACAAUUCUCAUGUAGCCCGAAUUUACAUGUAAUACAAAAACAAAAGCAACUAAAUAUGCCUCGAGUAGCUCAUGGCCCUCGACCCAGCGCGGGCAGAAGGACCACAACCGGUUCUGCCGGCUCGCCAUUCAAAUCCCCCUUAAAAAUUCCUCUCAACGACGACGUCCAAGAGAAGAGGGGACGACUACAAUCGCGAAGAGCCCUCCACGAAAAACAGAUUAACGAACUGCAGGCGGCUGCGGCUACGCCUGCGAAGAAAGCCGCUCAUAGACUGGCCGACGGUGACAAUGGCUCUCCUCGCUCAAAUCUACAAACGCCGCGACGCGGUAUGGAUGACGAUGACGAUGUCUACGUAGUCGGCACCAAUACUGGCGUGACGCCUAUGAAACGUGUGCCCAUCCUGGCCAACUUUGAAGAAUGGAUGAAGAUGGCUACCGAUAAUAAAAUCAACGCUACGAACUCCUGGAACUUCGCUCUUAUCGAUUAUUUCCAUGACAUGUCCCUACUGAAGGACGGGGACGGAGUUAACUUUCAGAGAGCAAGUUGCACCUUAGACGGUUGCGUCAAGAUUUACACCAGCAGAGUCGACAGCGUAGCUACAGAAACGGGCAAGCUACUAAGCGGUCUGGCCGAUAGCAACUCGAAGAAAAAGGAUAGGGAGGGUGACGCCGAGGGCGAGGAAAGCGAAGAAGAAGUAGAUGAAGAUGGAAAUGCGGUCAAGAAAAAGUCAAAGAAGCGGCAACGGUCUUCGGAAGCGACUCUUGCGCCAUCUUUUGCUUCGCUACAGCUGAAGAAAUUCGAACUUGAAUUUGCUGUGGAUCCAUUGUUCAAGAAAGCUUCAGCAGAUUUUGACGAAGGUGGUGCUAAAGGUCUCCUAUUGAACCAUCUUAUGAUUGAUGGCCAGGGUCGUAUCGUAUUCGACAGUAGCGACGAUGCCAACGACGCUUCUGCAGAAGGCAUUAAGCCCCGAAGAAGAGAAGACGUUACCGCCGAAGAAGAGGAAGAGGCGGAAGAAGAACAGGAGGCUACUAUCACAGAACAGCAGCCCGCUCAGGAGGAAGAAGAUGUAGAAAUCGACAUCGGCGCGCUCGCCGCCAAGUUCUUCCCCGACCUGACGAAAUUAGAUGAGCAAGACAUAUGUCCAUCACUGAAAACGUUUGAGCUCGGUAACCCAUCGGGCUCUCUAGACAUCCCGUUCCUACGCGCUCUAGAAGACGAUGGGGACGAGGACGAAAGUGGAAGUGCCGGUGUCGGUAAUAAGUCUGGCAUGUUUAUUGAUGACGAUAACCCCGCCGGCUUUGACGAUAUGACGGCGAUGGGUGGCUUUGACGUUGCUGAUGUCGCAUUCGGCGAAGGUGGUGAAGCUUGGGCACGGGAAGCCGCCCUGGAACCACAGAUGCGGCCUUACAACAUCGGCACUGAUGACGGAAUGGCUGGUGGAGAUGUCGGCGAUGGGGUCGACGGUAUUGAUGAGGAGAAUGGUAACUACAUGGUAUCUAUGAACCAUUCUAAGAACGCCGAUAAGAUGCACGAAGACAUCCUUGGUUACUUCGACCAAGCUCUCCAAAAGAACUGGGCCGGCCCGGAGCAUUGGAGGAUACGGAAAAUCAAGGAUGCUAACAAGCCCGAGACGAGCACCCGCCACCGGAAGGAAAAAGAACCUUUUGAAAUAGACUUUGCGGCCCCCUUGGACCAAAAAGUAGCUGAGACCAUCUUUACCCAGGCGGCAAGCAACGCUGCCAUUUCUCUACCCAAGAAGGACUGGAAGUCGAAGACUCGAAAUCUACUUCCCGACGACAAGCACUUCAACUCGACGCAGCUUCUUAAUCUAUUCUUGAAACCCAAGGCCCGUUUGAGUCGUCGCAGCCGUUUUGGUAAGAAGGCGGCUUUGUUCGGGAACGCCAACCAGCAAGAAAAUAACGUCAUUCCGGGUGAUAUGGAUGAAGCCUUCUGGGCCCAGAGAGAGCCGAUGCAGAAUGCCGAUCAGGACACGGUCAUCCCCGCAGGUGAUUACGACGCCAACUUCUUUGACGACGAAAUGCCGCUACCCGGUGGUGGUAUGCUCGACGAUGACGACGACCUCGAGUUCGCUGAUGCUAGGGAUCACUUCUCACCGGGCGCAGACGUCCCUGCUACGCAGGACAUCGGUAUUACCGGUAUGCUCGACAAUGGCAUGACGACGGGCGGGUUCGGAACGCAGCUGGUCACAUCUACACGCCGGUUAAGGCCGGAAUACGUGCAAUAUGCUCGGCGGGCAAAGAAAGUAGACGUACGCCGGUUGAAGGAGGAACUUUGGAAGGGCUUGGGAUUAGAAGAGGACGGCAACAACACCGGACUUCCUACCCCGGUCAAGAGCCCCGAGAGGAGGGCUGGUAAGGGAGAAGGAGAAACGCUCAAGUUCACGGAGGUCAUGAACGACUUGCAGACGGUAUACCCCAAGACGGUCAUGGACGACAUCUCGACCAGCUUCUGUUUCAUCUGCCUGCUGCAUCUGGCCAACGAAAAGGGUCUCAUCAUCGAGAACACGCCUGAGCUCCUGGAGCUGGAGAUUCGGAGGGAUUGGUCGGCGGAGGUGACGGGUGAAGCCUGAUGCAUGUCAUGGAUUCCAUUCGUCUAGGAAGUUCUUGGGGAGGAGGGGAAGGGGAGGAGAAAGAAAGAAAGAAAAAAAAGAAAAUUUGUAUUCACCUGGGUUAACCUACGUACGCACAUGAUGUGAUGACUUGGACAGGUUACAGGGCGGAAUGGACGUGCCAGUGAGAGAGUAACCCAGGUACCUACCUCACCUAAGUAGGAGGUAGGCAAGCGGUUGUUUUGUGAUGGAAUUAGCACAGCACAAGCAUGAGUACAGCACGGUAUGGUAGUGGUUAUGGCAAAGCGGUUCGUGGUUGGCGGACCACUUUUUGGAAAUUUUACUAUCGAGUCAAGUUACUUUACGAGAUGAUAAUGAAUUAAAGUACAACCUUGUGGAUGUGGUCUCAGUAUACAAUUCCGCACAGUAGGAAAACAGUAGGAGUUGAUUGAAUAGGGGCCCAAUAAAAUACCCCUUAAUACCUUUUCCGUAUCUUAACUCAAUAUAGUUGCCUAAGGGAUGCAUAUUAGGUAACUAACCA